AUGUCCAAAAGAGUCCAGAAAACUCAGUAUUUGCUGCGACUACUCGGCAACCCGAAGCUCUACAGCCUACUGGGCAGCCCGUUCGAAGACCCGCUGAAGCUCGACUCGCUUUUGUCGACCGUCUGCUACGGAUCUUUGUUUAUCUCUGAACUUAUCAAAAGACGGCCAGAACUCGUGCAGGCUUUGAGUAAACUGGCGGAGAAAUUGAAGAUCCAGGGGUUGCUCGCGCUCAUAAAGGCCUACAUGCUCCAGCUGCGACGCGCGCUCGAUCCGAAGCAGCGUUUAUCUAUUAAUGUUCCCCUAGACUCCUUAUCUACUAAGUUGAGACUCAUCUCGGACUAUAUUGCCGACGUCCGCAUCUUCAAUCGCAUGUGGGGCCUGCCCGGAUUGCUAGCGUUUGGCGUCGAAGAUUUGCACAGGAUACUCAGAGCAGAUUCAAGUUUGGCCACAAAAUUUCUGGAAGCCACAAGCACCAUAUCCAUCGUGGCGUACCAGCCGCUCGAAAACGUCGCUUUUGCAGCCGACCACAACUGGACGCAUCUCGAGAAAUCGGCCUCGCUGCAGUACUACGUGGCCUCGUCGCGGCUUUGGGCCGUGUUUGUCGUGCUGGAGGUUGUCAAGCUCGUGAAGAACAUGGUUCAAACUAAACUUGCCGGCAAGCCGCUCGACCUUCUCCACAACCGCUCUCUGAACCGCCCGCUGGUCGCCAACAUCGCCAAUCUGCCACUCACUGUGCACUGGUCUUUGCACGAUGGGUGUCUUAGUGACCUCACCGUGGGAUUCUUGGGCACUAUGUCUAGUCUGCUCAACACAAAAGAUUCCUGGGGAGAAGUGUUCGCACAGGUGCGCCAGCUUUGA